GUGGCUGUCCUGAGAGGCUCCGCACAUUGAUGAGGCACCGUACGUAACUACCAUAAGUUUCCCCAGCCUGUAGUCACCUGACCUGUCAAAGCAGCAGCAAAGCAAGCCGGCGAGCCUAUCUUCUGCAUCGGAAGCGCGGGACAAGUUCUGUUCCAAAAGAUGGACACAGUCUUUAGAGGCGCGUUAAUUGACCCGGCGCUCUUUCACGCCCUCUCGCUUGUGCUUGCUCUUGCGGCAUAUAACAACCUCCCAAAUAUAGAGAUCCUCACAUACCGAGGAGAACUCCUAAAUGGUCUUAACACGAUCAUGAGAAAGCCAGGCUGGAAACCAAAGGUAUCAUCUAUUACAGCGAUGUUGAUGCUUAUUAGCUAUGAAUAUCGCGUUGAUGGUGCCAAUUGCGACAGCAUUCGUGCACACAUCCAGGGUGUGCAAGCGAUCAUGAACAUGUGCCAGGCUGAAGAUGUCACUGCUGUUGACCAAGUCCAACGUGCACUCUUUUGGCAAGACCUGAUAAGUUGUCUGGUGCUUGGAACCUCGCGACUGCUCUCCCACAACUGUUACCAGGAAUUUCGAAACUUGAGAAUCGUUAACGUUACGAAAGAACUGCCCCUAGGCUUCCUGGAAGUUACUUACAUGUGGCACAUGGAGUUUGCGGCCGUGGUUCAAGACCUAACCGGGCUAUGCACGCUCGUAGACAAAUGCGAUCCUACCCGGACAUUCAUCGACGAGUUACCUAUCGACGACUCUCAAGCGAAUAUAGAAUCUCGACUGGUGGACCUGCUGAGCGAGUCGAGAUCCUCGCCGGCGUGCGUUGACUCCAUUUAUGAAGCUUGCAUCUUCGCUACAUACUUGUGUACGUACAACUUGUCAACCGGCAUCUGGAUGGGGUGUUUUGUCCCUGAGGUUUGUGUGAGUCGGAUCAUUGGAUGCGUCACAGAAGCUGUACACGAUCCAUUAUGGGAUUCCGUUCCUGGUCUGUUACUCUGGCUUUUGUGUGUGAGUGGAGGAUUAACUGAGCGAAAAGAUGUCAGGAAGCAAGUUACAGUACUGAUACAAAGCGUGUUUCUCCUCCAUAUGGAAGGAAUACACCAAGACUGGCAUGUUUGCAAAGGUAUCUUGAGAAACUACGUUUGGUCUGAACGCGCCAUGGAGCGGAAGAUAUUUCGGGUUUGGAAAGACCUGCAUCCCGAGUCGAGCGGGGCAUUGGAGGCGCGAGAUGAACUGGGUCCUCUUUGGUCCUGUGUACUAUGAAGUAGCCGCGCGAGCAACAAGAGUGAAAGAUUAUGCGCAAUGUAUACAGCAUUGCAAGCAGAAUGUCUCGGGCAACAAAAGAAGGGCGCAAGGGCGAGGGCAAGGGCUGCACCUUCCCGUUCGGUAUGCUGAGUCAGCACCACCCACCAACAUAUCAACCGAGACGCAGU